AAGAUCAUUAGAAUUUCAUUUCACUUGAAUUUUCAUUUGAGUUUAAUAAAAGGAAAAAGAAUUGCCAAUUUUAGAAAUAUCUUAUCUUACUUAAUUACAUAUAUUUUUAGUAAAUCAUAUUUAUGGUGAAUAGUGCACUUAGUCUUGAAUUUGAUAUUUGGUUCAUCUCACCUAAAUUUUCAUUUCACCUUUUUGACAUGCACUUUUUUAAAGAAUUUUUUUAUAUAUUUGUGUAUAACUGGAUGAAUCUGAGGUGGGUUUUGUGAGUUAAUGUUGGUUGAGAGUUGUGGACUUAUCUUGCAGUGAUUUGCUGUGGCUUUGGACACUGAAAUUUUGGUUGUCAUCUAGGUUAGAGGCAGUUUGGCUUGGGCAUAUCUGGUUUUUUUUGGCAAAUUUGAGUUUGGUGUUCGAAGAGGUGGAAAAAUAGUUCGGGAAAUUCCUGGGUUUUGGGUAGCAGACAGGGGAAGAUUUUAGGGAUGGAAGAGAUAGGUUGAGUGGAAGUUUUUUUUUAUAGAACUCUAGCGUUUGCUGGUUUUAGUUGGAAGUGGGGUUGGUUAGUUUUUUGUGAAAAAAAUGGAGUACACCUUUUCAUCUAAAGAAAAGGGGAAUGGUUGUUGGGUUCCUCCAAGAGCACAAAUGGAGGGUGGGGAAGAGUUGACUGGGAGUACCAGGAAUCUGAUUUCCGAGGAUCCUUUCAACUUCUCAGAGCUCAUGAACUUCGAUACUUAUGCUGGGUGGUGUAAUAGCCCUGCAGCUACAGAUCAGAUGUUUGCCUCCUUUGGUUUGUCUUCCUGUCCAUCCUUGCCUUAUGCCUCUUUUGACUCAGUACAUAUUACAGGGCAAAGUUCUGGUACCUUUGUUGAAGCUGGUGAUGCAUUAAGUGGCAUGGGUGAUUCGUAUAAUUGUGCAGACAGAAUGGUGUUCCUGCAAACAGAUGCACACUUUGGUAAUCCAUUGGAUUCCGCAGAUGCAGAACUAAGUGUUAGACGAAAUUAUGGUGGUAAUAGACAAAAUAAUUCAUCAGAUUUGCCUAAUUUGUUGGUUUCUAGGCCAAUUGGACAAUCACUUGAUGAGAAGAUGCUUAGAGCACUGUCCUUGUUUAAGGAGUCAUCUGGAGGGGGCAUUUUGGCACAAGUUUGGGUUCCUAUUAAGCAUGGAGAUCAGUACAUGCUAACCACUUCUGAUCAGCCCUAUUUGCUAGACCAGAUGCUAUCUGGUUAUCGUGAAGUCUCAAGGACAUAUACCUUCUCUGCAGAACUGAAACCGGGCUCCUCUCCUGGACUUCCUGGUCGUGUUUUUAUUUCUAGAGUUCCUGAGUGGACCUCUAAUGUAAUCCAUUACAGUAAGGGUGAGUACUUGCGGGUUAAACAUGCAGUCAAUCACAAAGUCCGUGGUUCUAUUGCGUUACCAGUUUUUGAACCUCUUGAGAGGUCUUGUUGUGCUGUGCUGGAACUUGUCACUAUGAAAGAGAAAACCAAUUUCGAUUCAGAAAUGGAAAAUGUCUGCCUUGCACUCCAGGCUGUGAAUUUAAGGACCACUGCUCCUCCUCGAUUUCUUCCCCAGUGCCACUCAAGGAAUCAGAGAGCUGCUAUAGCUGAAAUAACUGAUGUUUUACUUGCUGUAUGUCAUGCGCAUAGAUUGCCUCUGGCUCUAACAUGGAUUCCUUGUAAUUACACUGAGGAAGCUGUGGAUGAAAUUAUAAAAGUACGUGUUCGAGAGGGUAAUAAGGAUUUGAAUGGGAAGUGUGUCUUAUGCAUUGAAGAUACAGCCUGCUAUGUUAAUGAAAGUGGGAUGCAAGAUUUCGUGCAUGCAUGUGUGGAACAUUAUCUUGAAGAAGGACAAGGUAUAGCUGGAAAAGUACUUCAUUCCAAUCGUCCAUUCUUCUCAGCUGAUGUGAAGACAUAUGACAUUAGUGAUUAUCCUCUUGUCCAUCAUGCACGUAAGUUUAACCUGAAUGCUGCUGUUGCAAUCAGGUUGAGGAGCACCUACACUGGUGAUGAUGAUUAUAUACUAGAGUUUUUUCUUCCUAUUAACAUGACAGGGAGUUCAGAACAGCAACUCUUGUUGAACAACCUCUCAGGUACCUUGCAACGAAUCUGUAGGAGUUUGAGAACAGUUUCAGAUGCUGAAGUUAUUGGUGAAGGGUCAAAAUUUGAGUUUCAGAGGGGAACAGUCCCAAACUUCCCCCCAAUGUCUAUGUCUAGACGGAACUCGGAAAUGGCAUUAUCUGCUGAUAGUGAAAUGAAUUCCAAUGAUAGAAUUCCCUUGAAUGUAUCUCAUUCAAGAAGUGAUGGAAAGGAAGCUGAUGGUCCUCCUGAACAGGCAAUGAGUGGACUGCAGAGGCACAUAAAGAAGAGAACUACAGCAGAAAAAAAUGUGAGCUUGAGUGUUCUUCAGCAGUAUUUCUCUGGGAGUCUGAAGGAUGCUGCAAAAAGCAUUGGUGUUUGUCCCACUACACUGAAAAGGAUAUGCAGACAACAUGGGAUAUCAAGAUGGCCCUCUCGCAAGAUUAACAAGGUGAAUAGAUCAUUGAGAAAAAUACAAAGUGUUCUUGACUCUGUGGAAGGUGUGGAAGGAGGGUUGAAGUUUGAUACAGCCUCAGGAGGAUUUGUUGCAGCAGGUACCAUCAUCCAAGAAGUUGAUACCGAGAAAACACUAUUAUUCUCCAAUAAAAACCUUCCCGUCAGAAUACCUGAACCUGUCAAUCAAGAGAAAUCAUCAGCAAAUCUAGCAUCUUGCCCUGGUGGAGAGAAUUCAGUGGUUAAGUUGGAGGAAGAUGAGUGUUCCUUUGGUGGAAACAACAGGGAGGCUGCAAGGAGUGUGAUAAUUCCAAGUACCUGUCAAGAAGCAAAGAAAUCUAGUAUCCUUCUUAUUGAUUGUUGUGAGGACUCUAAGUCAGUUGCUUUAGAUGUAGGAUCAUUCCAGGCAGCUAGCGUUGGCACUGCUCCUUGGACUUGCCCAGAAAAUGCAACAAUGGGUUCUUAUUUACAGGAAGGAGGUCACAUAUGGGGUAUGAACAAGGGGGAUCUGAAAGUAGAGGAUUCUGACUGCCACUUUGUGUCGUGGAGCUCAUGCUCCUUGGCUGCUGCUGAUGAAGUGGAUACCGAAAUGGAGGGUGAUGAUGGGAUUGUUGAACAUAACCACCGACCUAUUUCUUCAAGCAUGACAAACUCUUCAAAUGGCUCUGAUUCAAUGUUACAUGGAAGUUCAUCAAGCUCUCAGAGCUUUAAGGGAUCAAAGAAUUCGAAAUUGAAGACAAAUUGUGUUGAUAGCAGCUCAAAAAUUACUGUGAAAGCUACUUACAAAGAGGAUACUGUCCGCUUUAAGUUUGAACCCUCUGCCGGGUGCUUCCAACUAUAUGAAGAAGUUGCAAAAAGGUUCAAAAUUCAAAACGGGACAUUCCAGCUCAAGUAUUUAGACGAUGAAGAGGAAUGGGUAAUGUUGGCUUGUGACUCAGAUUUACAGGAGUGUCUAGAAGUUUUGGAGUAUGUUGGAACACGUACUGUGAAAUUUCAAGUUGGCCUUAUACCUUGUGCUAUGGGCAGUUCUGGCAAUAGCAACAGCUUUUUGGCUGGAAGCUCAUAGCAGUUAUGUUGAUGCUUAGCAGGCAAUUACUGGCCUUCAUAGUAAUUCCUUUAACUCUAUCCGGGUUCUGUUCUUAUAAGGAGAGAUGUAAUUCUCUAAGAGAGGAAAAAUAAAAAAAGAAAGGGGUAAUGGAAAUGGCUGUAGCUUUUCUACUUUCAUGUAUUACUCCAUUUGCUUUCCAUGAUGGUCCAAAAUCAAUGGCGGCUGUUUUUCGAUCUUGCAUGGUUGUUACUGCUAGAUUUCAAGGAAGAAGGGCAAAAAGGGAUUAGAAGAUGUAAGCAUAGGUUAUAGUCAAUUAUUUAUAAUAUAUGUUUUGUUUAGGCUUUAUAUGUUAGUGGGAGAGCAAUAGAAACAGGGUUGUAUUUGUAGUUGUAGUUGUAGUUGUAGCAAGGAGCAUUUAUCCAAAUCCAAGUUUCAUCAAUGUCUGUCAUUAUUUACUAUUACAAUUGAAAUUAGAAAAAGAAAAUACUGAAUGCUAAAUAAAGCUUCAUCAAUGCCAAGUAUGGUGAUGUGGUCUUAAGGAUCCAUUGUCUGGGAGCACUACCAAGGUUGUUGAGGCUUCAGGAACUUAAAGACCUGAAGAAAUUGUUUCAACUUUAGAUACAAAUACCAUUAACAGAAUCCUGUUGGUAGACCUCUUCCCACAAUACCUUGGGAACAAAGCUAUGGUAGUAGUUGUUAUGAAGUGCAGGUUAUGGUUGGUUAUGGUUCUACUUUGAAUUAUAAUUCUGGCUUUAGUUCAGGAUUAUAUGGUUCAUAUGGUGGCCUUGGAGAAAUGAGUGGUCCUCAUGGAGUUCAAGACCCAAAUAAUCCAUAUGUUGCACAGCCAUUUCCACCAGGGUUCUGGAUAUCGGUUCUUCCAGUGGUAAGCAGUAUGAUUUCUGUUGAUUAUUUAAUCUAUUAUAUCCCUAUUUAUUUAUUUUUUUGCUGCAUAAACUUAUUUGAUCUCUGCACCAGCAUGUUAAAUCCUCUUUCUUAUUGCUUGGGGUUUAAGGAAACAACAAUAAAUGCUUUUUAACUAUUCACUUGGAUUUUGUUCUCAGAUUCUAAUUUGCAAUAGAAUAAUGUAAU